AUGAAGCGAAAUAGCAGUAGUAACUAUGUUGGAACGCCCGGAAAUAAGCAAUAUAUUCCAACUUCGGAAAUGUCGAAUCGUCAAAGUUUGAAGGAGAAUAAUAUGAUUUGUGUGGAUAUGGAUUAUGAGUGAGUUAUUUGGCUGAAAAUUUCAGAUUUUUUGAGCCUAAAAAUCCAAUUUUUGCAGAGAAGACUAUGAAUAUAUCACAAAUAUAAUCGCCGCCGAAAAAAGAUCUCCAAAAAACGAGGAUUCGAAUCUUAUCACCUCAACCAAUCAAACAUGGCUCUCACUAUCCGAAUAUUUACAAAGAUAUGGUGAAUUCCCACUUCCUGAUUGGAUGUCGGCGAUGAUUUUGAAUGACUUGGCUCAGGCGCUGAUUCAACUGCAUACAAAUCAAUUAUCACAUCUGGCGAUCAAUUUGGACAAUAUUCAUUUUCUUCAGGAGAAUUGUGCUCGACCGAUGAUUUGCUUGCUCAUUAAUCGAGCGAAUUUGAGGAAAAUUAAUGGGGAUGAACUGUAAGAUUUUGCUUUUUUAAAAAGAAAUUUGAAAAAAAAAACGAUAUUUUAGCAUCGAAUCUCGCUCUGAAGACAUCCACCAACUCGGCCUAAUUCUUCACAAAUUGCUCACCGGCAAGCCGGCGAAAAUGGACGAAAACGGAAAUCUUCUCGACACCGCCGGCCCUUUCAAAAUCAACCAGGAUGGACUUCAAUUGGUGCGAAAGAUGUUGGCAAAGAAGUUCAACGAAUCCGCCUAUUAUUUAAAGGCGCAUCGAUUUGUUGAGAAAUCGCUAGCGCUGAAGACACCCAGAUUUUUGAAGCUUUUCUAG